AUGAAGGUGGAACGGGAAAUGUAUCGUGAUUGGCCUAAUGUAGAAACUGGUGUAAGACUGGAACAAUGAGUGAAUUAACUGAGGGGAUCGAUUACUCGUCGUCUCUUUAUUGGCCCUUAUCCGAUAGAAACUAGAUAGCAUGGGCAAGUGCCUUUUUGUAGCAGAUGUGGCAAAUAUGGACAUCGUGUUGCUACUGUACGUGUUCGAAUGAUGUAAAGUGUUUCAAGUGUGGUCAAAAUGGUCAUAUCCGACGCCAUCACCCAACAGAACAAGAAACUGUCCAAAUAAUCGAGAACAACAAACGGAAAGCAGAAGAGGACGUUUCCAUACCUGAAGAGGGCGUUCCGAUUCCUGAGGACCCCACUGAUCAACGUGUCAGUGAUAUGGGAGGCUCACCUGAAGAAAAGACAAAAAAGACGGAUAUAGGGAAAAAGAAAAAGUGGAAAAAAAUAAACACUAAGGACUUUAUAAAAUAUGAAAAAUUUGAUGUUAUAUUUCUUCAAGAAACGCACAUUGCAACCGUUGUAACCUGA